AUGGGCCUCGGAAAGAGGGCCAACCAGGUCAACAUCAUCGAUUUUGGGCUGGCUAAGAAAUACAGGGACCCGCGCACCCAUGUUCAUAUUCCUUAUGUCGAGAACAAGAACCUGACGGGCACCGCGCGCUACGCGAGUGUCAACACGCACCUGGGCAUUGAGCAGUCGCGGCGGGACGACCUGGAGAGCCUGGGGUACGUGUUCAUGUACUUUCUCAGGGGCAGCCUGCCCUGGCAGGGCCUGCAGGCGGCCACCAAGAAGCAGAAGUACGAGAAGAUCAGCGACAAGAAGAUGCGAACGCCCUUCGAGUCGCUGUGCAAGGGCUUCCCGCGCGAGUUUGUCCUCUACUUCCAGAACGUCAGGUCUCUGCGUUUUGACGAGAAGCCGGACUACGCCUUCCUGCGGCGCAUGCUGCGGGACCUCUUCGCCAAGGAGGGCUGGAACUGGGACUAUGUGUUCGACUGGUGA